AUGUCUAAAAGAAGAUUCUGGACCAUUGAGUCUCUUUAUGAAGAGCUGAUACAACAAGGUAUUCUGAAAAGACCAAAGAAAGUGAAACUCGCUGAUUACAUUGGUGAGUACAACUACCUGGGGACAGUACUUCGUCAAGCAGAUAUUGAACCGAUGCCUUCUCUCUCAGAUGUUAGACAGCUUAUUGCAUUGUAUGGAAUUUUGCCAUUAGGAUCCCAAGCUGUGCAUGAAAAAGCUCCUUUAGUGAAAACGUUGCUUUUGGCUGGACCAUCUGGUGUUGGGAAGAAGAUGCUUGUGCAUGCUAUCUGUAAUGAAACAGGAGCAAACUUGUUCAAUCUUUCUGCAGCUAACAUUGCUGGAAAGUAUCCAGGAAAAAGUGGUCUUCAGAUGAUGCUCCAUAUGGUUUUUAAGGUUGCUCGGCUGUUGCAGCCUUCAGUUAUUUGGAUUGAAGAAGCAGAAAAGACAUUUUAUAAAAAAGUGCCAAAAGCAGAAAAGGAGAUGGAUCCUAAAAGGCUGAAGAAGAACCUUCCCAAAAUUUUGAAAACAAUUAAAGCUGAGGACCGUAUCUUGAUUGUAGGAACAACUAAACGACCUUUUGAGGCUGACAGGAAAUCAUUUUGCAAAGUCUAUAAGAGAAUUGUUCUGAUUCCCAGACCUGAUUAUGCAUCAAGAUUUGUAUUUUGGAAAAAGGUAAUUGUGGAACAUGGAGGUGUGAUCACUGACAUACUUAACAUAAGCUGUCUAGCGAAGGUUACAGAUGGAUACACGUUGGGGAAGAUUCUGGAAGCGACUCAGGCAAUUCUGACUGAAAGGCGGAUCAAGCAGCUCAUCAGCAAACCGCUCACUGCUAGUGAAUUCAUCAACCCAUUAGCUAAGCAAGAUCCUGUCUACAAAGAAGAAGAAGAAGCUUUUAAGGAUUGGUAUGCUAAGACUCCACUGGGCAAAAAGAGAGCAAAAGCACUUAAAGCUGCCAAAGAAGAAGAAGGAACUGGUAAAGGGAAAGGAAAAGGGAAAAAGAAAAGUGGUGGCAAGAAAGGAAAAAAGAAGAAAUGAUUUUCAAUAUAUUUUGCAAUGAGUAUUGUCCAGAGUUAAUUCAUGUUUGUUAAAUGACAAUCCUUUAUAGUUUUAAGCAAGAUAAGCAUCUGAAGGUUAGAAAGUACAUUUUAGUUAAAGAAAAUUUGAUAAACACAAAUUCCCAUCAUCCAGUUUCUUUAGAUGGCUUGUUAUUUCAGUGUUUGUACAUUAAAGAUUGUGAACUGCAUCUUCCAUUCCAAUCCCAUCAUCCUUUUUGUGUUAAUCAUUGAGACUCUAUGCUAAAUGACUAUGUAAGUCUGAAAUUACAAUGCAAAAUCAUACUUUGUAUUUUUUUGUAUUUUUGUUCAAAAAGGAGUCAGUUCAUUUAUUGAUAAUAGUUGUUUAAACAGUGCUUUCUGUGAAGCCGAGUUCACCUAACAUGCAGAACUUUCUGCUAAAGCGGCUGUUCUGUCCAACACUGCUGCAUAUUACAAGUGCUAUAAUUUCUUCAAGAUGAAAGGUGCCCAAUGUGAUUUUGUUAACUUUUAGUACAAUGAGAAUGUAACAUAUUAUAGGUAUAUUGCAGAAAAUAAAUUAUGCAAUCAUUUUGUACUUUAAACCCUCCUAACAUGAACUGCUUCUGUCAAUGAAACUGCACUUUUACAGAAAUAAGUUUGUCAAAUUGUGAUUCCUAGAAUAAUUUUCCAAAUGCUCAUACAAUAACUUUUUUAAUACUCAGGAUAUAAAUAAUUGUAGGUGUUCCUUUAAAAUAAAUAUUGCUACAGUGAUUUUAGCAAUUCUUACAGGACCGAUUUUAUUUAUAUAAUUAAUGAUCCAAUAUUUUAACAAAUGAGCUUCAGUUGGCUUGCAGGAUAUUAUGUUUGUUCUUAGCCAAGAGGCGUAGUGCAUAAUGCACACCAGCAGGAAUAUUGCAGCCAACCAAAACAGCAAUAACAUGACAUAUUUUAAGAAUAAAUUGUAUGAAAUAUGAUACCCAACAUCUCAAGUGGAAAUAACAGCAAACAGCAGGAAUGGUAGCUGAAGUGGCAAUAAAUGCAUCAUAAAGUGAAUAAACCAAAACAUUCCAGCUACUUUAAAUUACCUGACUGAGAAAAGAAACCCUGUUCACAUUUUUUGAGCCUCAUAUUAAACUUUAAAGGAUAAAAAGUGUAAAGGAUUGUCCAUUCUUCUGAUA